AUGUUUGGAUCGAAUCCCAAUUUUUUAUUGAAAAACAAAGCAAAAGUGAAACGUUCAAAGAAAAUGCUACACAAAAUAAACGGAACUGCUUUUGGUAUUUGUGAAAUUAAAUUCACUUUUGACUUUGUGAUAGAUUCGUCCACCAUCUCACCUGGAUUUCCGGGACAAAAAGGUAUAAAAGGAGAUUUAGGUCCAGAAGGUCCACCAGGGAAAAGUAUUCGUGGUGGUCAAGGAAGACCAGGGCCAAAAGGCACAAGAGGUGAACAUGGUCAAAGAGGUCUUGAUGGAAGAGAUGGAGUACCAGGUGAGCCUGGUCUUGAUGGUGUACCAGGACGAGCCGGUACUGAUGGCAAAGAUGGAACUAAUGGAAUUGACGGUCGAAAAGGAGAAAGGGGAAAAGAUGGCAAAGAUGGAAUUCCUGGCAAUGUUGGGCCAAGUGGACCACGCGGUCCUAAAGGGGAAAAAGGUUUAGCAGGGCCGCAAGGAAGAAAAGGGCCAUCAGGUAAAGAUGGCUUGAAUGGUACGCCAGGAACUUGUCUUUAUUGUAUGAAACGAAAUGAAUCAAGUCCUUACGAUUAUUGGUUGCCACCUCAGAUUCCAAUUUCAUCGUCAAAUUCAAAGAAAAUUCGUCCGAUUAUCAUUCGUGAAGAAGACAAUUUAAGAAUUCAAUGUGCUGCAACUGGUUAUCCGAAACCAACAAUAGUUUGGGAAAGAGAAGAUGGAAGACCAAUUGAUUGGGGUAAAUGGAAAGAUAAUUCAAAAGUUGGACAAUCAAUCAAUAUUACAAAGAUUAAUCGAGUUCAUAUGGGAACUUAUAUUUGUAUUGCUGAUAAUGCAAUUCCGCCAGUAGCCGAGUACAAGUUCAAAGUGGAAGUUCAUUUUAAGCCAACUUUGAGGAUCAGACAUAAAUGGGAUCAAGCAAUUCAAGCUGAUUUUGGUGCCAAAAUAACAUUCAAAUGUGAAUCUGAAGGAUUUCCUGAGCCGGUUCUUUACUGGGAACGUGCUGAUGGCGUCGUCAUUCCAAAUGAUUCAAUAAAAUAUCGGAUUGAAUCCCACACACUUGAUUCCUACAUCUUCAACACUUCUUUAACAAUCAAUAAUGUUAAUCAAUAUGAUUAUGGAGAAUAUUAUUGCGUUGGUAAAAAUCUUCAUGGAAUUGAGAAAAUUUUAUUCCGAUUGGGAACGAGAGGUCAAUGGACACGUCCCUUCCCUGGUGACGGUGACAAACCUGUGGUGUCUGGUGAAACACCGCCAGUACUUAGUUACGAAGAUGUGUGUCCACCUCCAGAAGCUUGUCCAUUCUGUCCAACUCCAAAAGAUUUAAAAUGUAAAGACACAAGUUUGUCACUUAAAGAUUUAACUGGAGGAAAGGAAUUAGAAAUUCUUCCAAUUGAGAACGCAACAUAUCCUGAGCUUGAGAAUCGUACUCAAGAUUGUGAAGUGAGUGUAAUUGGUAAGCCAGUUUUUCAUAAUCAUUUGGACAUGGAUCAUGGUGCAUGGCUUCGUGACGCGAUUCAACAGGACAACGUGACUAUUGAAAAAAUUUGGUUGACGAAAGACACAGAAACAAACAACUUGUAUGAAUUUAAAAAUCGAAUUGAUUAUCGAAAGAAUGUUCCAUCCAGGAAUCAACCUUACAAGUUAUUGUGUCCUUUCAAGGGCAACGCGCACAUUGUUUACAAUGCUAAUUUUUACUAUUUCUGCGCUGAUGGGCCGAAGAUUAUUCGAUACGACUUGAAGACUGAAAGAGUUGCAGCAACUAGAAUCCUCGACAACAUCAACGCAACACAAUAUUUGUACACAACACAAUAUAACGUCAUAGACUUUAAUGCUGACGACAAUGGCUUGUGGAUCAUUCACGCAACUCCUGAUUCUAAUUAUACAAUUGUUUCAAAGAUCAACGAGACAACUUUGGAAACUACAAACAGUUUCAAUAUAAGCAUUCAUCACCAUAAAGUUGGAGAAAUGUUUAUCGUCUGUGGAGUUCUUUAUGCAGUUGAUUCAGCGACUGUCAGAUACACAAAAAUUCGAUUUGCACUUGAUUUGUAUUCUAAAAAGUUGUUGGAUAAGGAACUUAACUUUGUUAAUCCUUUUAACUCAACAACAACAAUUGGAUAUAAUCACAACAAAAAUGAACUUUAUACAUGGAAUCUUGGCAAUCAAUUCACUUAU